AUGAGCUCCUUUUCGAUGAGGACGUUGACCAAGGCCUUGCCCUCAGUGUGCCGCCAAUCUCAACCUCGAACCUCCUCCUUGAACAUCACACGUCUAUUCUCCCAGCAAAGCACACGUCCUGCGCGCAAUGAUGGCAGCGAGAUUGAGAAGCAGAUGCUGAACCAAGAACCCGAGACACCUUCCGGUUCCGCGUCGCCACUUUCUGCAAUCACACAAAUGAUGCAGGGCAAGAGAUCUGGCGCACCGCCCUCGCGCGGUAGGUCUGACUACUCCAGGAUGGCCGAAAGCCUUGAAGCCGACAUGAUCAAGAAUCCCUACGCCGACCGAGCUCCUCCCCACCACCUGCACGUCUACUGCCACAAGCACAACACAAUCCUCACCUUGACACGACCAAACGGCAACCCUCUUCUGUCCAUUGGAUGUGGUCAAAUUGGUUUCCGCAAAGCCGGUCGCUCUGGCUUUGACCCAGCAUACCAAUUGUCUGCUCAUUUCAUGACCCAGAUUCAGGAAAAGGGCUUCCUGCUGGAGAUCGAGCGGUUGGAGGUUAUCUUCCGUGGGUUUGGAAAGGGCCGUGAGGCGUUUACAAAGGUCCUCUUGGGCAACGAGGGACGACACGUCCGGGGACUUGUUGCGCGAGUGUCCGACUCCACUCGACUGAAGUUCGGUGGUACUCGCAGCAGACACGUGCGUAGACUGGGUUGA